AUGAUCAGUGCUACGCGGCGCUGGUUCCGGCGCAAUCGCAAGACCCUCGCAAUCGGCACCGGUGUAAUCGGGGUUGGCUACUUGGCUGGACAAUAUGUGAUGUCCAAGAUCUCCGAAGCUCGAGAACGCAUGAGUAGUGACCGUAUCGCUCGGGAAAACUUACGGCGACGUUUUGAGCAGAACCAGACCGAUUGUACAUACACUGUCUUGGCACUUUUGCCGACAGCGGCGGAGGACAUUCUCGAGGCCCUGCCGGUGGAGGAAUUGACAAAGGAAUUGCAGAAGAAGCGCGCAGAGCGUUUGGCUCGCCUUAAUGCUGGGGAGGGUACCGCCACGGGCUCGGACAUGAGCUCUAUAGCACCCAGCUUACCUGAAGAUGAUCGGAAAAGCCUUUCCAGCGAAAGUUUCUUGCGGACCAGCCAGUUAGGAGAGUCGACUCUGGAAGGUGAUACAUCAACCCAACCGAAGCGGAACAAGACCCAGCUUUGGAAUGAGGUUAAGAUUACAUCCAUUACGCGGUCAUUUACUCUAAUCUACACUCUGUCCCUCCUGACCAUCUUUACUCGUGUCCAACUGAACCUACUCGGCCGUCGGAACUACCUCUCUAGCGUGAUUUCCUUAGCGACACCUCCCGCAGACCCCUCAACUAUCAGAUUAGAAGACCACGAUGAUGAUCUCACUCAGACAUUGGGGAAUGACUUUGAGACCAACCGGCGAUACCUUGCCUUCAGCUGGUGGCUGCUUCACCGUGGCUGGAAGAAGUUGAUGGAGGAGGUUCAGGCCGCAGUGGUGGAGGUGUUCGGAUCUCUUAACCCAAGAGAUGAUAUAUCUUUCGAGAAACUGUCGGAACUGACCCUCCAAGUCCGUAAGAAGAUCGAAGGCGAUACCGAGGAGGACAGAAAACACCGAAAAUGGUUGGCUUAUCUGCUUCCGCCUCGAGAAGAAGAAGAUGAUGUACUGGAGGAGUCCGGUGUCCUCGGAGUCACGGAACCUUCAACUCCUCAAACGGCUGCGACUUUGCGGCAUCUCUUAGAUGAGACCGCGGAUCUUAUUGAUUCUCCAACCUUUACCCGUGUUCAGAUGCUUCUCAACAAUGAAUGUUUCGAGACAUUGAUUCAACAGUGCAAAGUGGACGCAUUUAAAUCUGCAGGGCCUGUAACCGCCCCGCAAUCAUUCGCCUCUGUGGCUACAGUUGUUCCGUUUACAGAAGACUCGCAACUCAAGACGAAGCUCGCAAAUGUUCUCGCAGUCCUGGCCCGGCAGGCGCAUGUCAUCGGUAAUGGGACGACUCCACCCAAUCUGUACGUGACAGCGAUGGAUCAAGGCGUACGGGAGCUGGAAGCUUUUGCCGCUGUGGUUUAUAGUUCAAACUUUGACUUUGAACUUCUCGGCGCGGGAUCAAUAUCCGAAUCCUCUGGAGUGGCAGCUCGUGAGCCAGAUUCGGCUUCCUCCUCACCUGUGAUUGUCAGCCAGGGCGGAAAUGGAUCUGAUUAUGGCCAGUUGGCUGACAGCAGACCGGUGGUGGCAAGCGCUGAUGACAGCGCCUUCGACCAGGCUUGGGGGAGAGCGGUAGAGGAACAACCGACCAGUGAGCCGACUGCAUAG